AUGAAAGAUGUACCUCUGGAUGUUGUGUAUCAAAAUGUUACUAUUGAUCCUCAAUUAGGUAGUAUUCGAAAACUGGGGUUAUUGAAGUUACUAGAUUCUGAAUCAGAGAAUCUGAAUCAAUUCUCAAAGUCAUGCGUCAAAAGUAUUAGAGAAGGUAGCACUUUAGACAAUAGUUUUGUGAACUUGGUAAACGUUAGAAGCGAAUAUGGUACUCGUGUGAGUACUCCAUACCUAAGUUUUGAGCAGCCACAUGCUUUUAUUAGCAUCCCGCUGUCUUUGCCGUAUGGUACCAUUCAGUUGGUUGGCCAAGGAUCUCAAUUUUUGAAGUAUUUUCGAUUUAAUGUAUCUAGACUUAUUACUAUUGGACCUCUGUCGUCCAAUUAUCUAUUGAAGACUUUCUUGCCCAUGGCUGCUUCUAAUGUUCCCCUUCAAUAUGCCUUAGCAAGCUGGGGUGGGUUGUUUAUCGAUGGAAAGCUAAAUUUUAAAAACUAUCAACAAUUUAUGUUAAAAGCAUCAAAACUCCUUUUGGGAGCUUACGAUAUACAUGGUGAGCUUGAUAAGCAUGACUUCAUGAUUGUUUUUACAUUUUUUCUUAUCGGAACCUCGGUAGAAAUAUGCUCUGGAGAUGUUAAACAUUGGAGACUACUUUUCAGACAAUGUCAGGAACUCAUCAAACGACAAGGUGGUAUAAUUAAAGUUCUUGAAAAAUACAACUUUAGUAACGACAUCAAGUGGAUGUUGUCUAAUCUUCAAUUCCAUGAUUUAUUGAGUUCAGAUACUUUCGUCAAUGGUAGCGACUUUCUCAAAGACUACAAAUCUGUUUUUAAAGGUGCAAAGCUACUAGAAUUGGAUGAUUAUGGAGUGGACCCCUUUCAAGGCAUUUGUCAACCAAUAUACAUGAUACUUGGAGACUUAAUCAAUAUGAACGUUCUUUUUAAAAAGAGGUGGCUGGAAAUCUGCGAUGAUGACAUUGACAUCUUAGGUUCAGGCGAUUCAAAUAUUUCUUCUCGAACUAAGUUCCUGCAAUUGAGAUCUGAUUACUUCUCUUUUGUUGACAAAUCUGUCGCAGAUUUAAGAGGUGCUAUUAAUAAAUGCGAGCCACCAAAUUUGAGAUCUUUUUGCAAUUUGAAUGGCGACGAAUUAAACUCUCAUCUUUCGUUAUUUCAAUUGAUGAAGCAUGUUUGUAAUUUGUAUCUCAACCACAUAGAGAAAAUUCCUCCGUGCUCCUUCAAACUGCAAUCGACUCUACUUUGUUCUUUACAAGAAGUCGAGAAGCUCAUGUACUCAGAAAUGGUACCGUGCCUAGGAUUUCCUCUUCUUAUUUGCGGUAUGACAGCUGUGACUGUAGAAGAUAGGCAAUUUAUUCUUGAAACCAUCAAAAAACUAAUAUGCAGAUAUCCUGUUGGAGGUAUAACAAAGGUAUUGAACUUGAUAGAGGAGAUUUGGGAACGAAAUCCAGAUGGGCUAUUAUGCAUCGAAUGGGCGUCAAUAGCUUGUGAGAGAGGAUGGCUGCUUUUUUCUUGCUAG